CCGAGGAGUCGUCCGCUGGGGAGGAACAUCUGGUUAAAAGCGGGCGGAUCAUGGAGCGACGCCGACUGUCAGAGGAGGGCGUGUCUGUGUAUACUCAGGCUCAGAUUGGUAAACCGGCAAUUGAUCCUGAUGAACAUUUCUUCUCUGAAGAACAGACACUUACUGAGCAGGAAAGAACCAAACGCUAAAGGCGUGACCUAUCUGUUUCCAAUUCAAUCCAAAACAUUCCACACUGUUUACAGUGGCAAAGAUGUUGUGGUCCAGGCCCGUACAGGCACAGGGAAAACAUUCUCGUUUGGUAUUCCAUUAGUGGAGCGGCUAAGUGAAGACCAGCAGCCGUUGGCUAGAGGACGGGCACCUACGGAUGGAAUUGACUUCUUAGUUGGAACCCCUGGCCGCAUAAGAGAUCUUGUCCAAAACUACCGCUUGGACCUUACAGUUUUAAAGCACGUGGUACUCGAUGAAGUUGACAUGAUGUUUGAUAUGGGCUUCUCCGAACAAGUUGAGGAAAUAUUAUCAGUUCGCUACAAACCUGAUCCUGAAGAAAAUCCCCAGACUCUCCUGUUCUCUGCAACAUGUCCAGACUGGAUGUACAACGUGGCUAAAAAAUAUAUGAGACAACAAUAUGAAAAAGUUGACUUAGUUGGACAUAGAAGUCAGAAGGCUGCCAUCACUGUUGAGCAUUUGGCCAUUGAGUGCAACAGAUCCCAGAAGGCAGCAGUCCUUGGAGAUAUAGUUCAGGUGUACAGUGGAAGCCACGGAAAAACUAUUAUCUUUUGUGAUUCAAAAUUACAAGCUCACGAAUUAUCCACAAACUGUGGCUCAUUAAAACAGGGUGUGUGUUUUGAUGUCCGUUCUGAAAACUUGCUGUCAAUGCAGGAGAGCUGGUCAGAUACAAGGCGGUGGCAAUUUACAAUCACAAUUGAAUUACCCGCAAUUCAAGAAUCUGAGAAAAGCUUUGAUGGAGGAACAGAAGUUUUGGAGGAAGAGGGAGGAGACCUUUUGACAGAAGAAAUAAUUCCAGAAAUUCAUCGGGCAGAGGAGGAGGAGGAAGACGACAAGGCAGAAGUGGAGGAUUUAGAAGGGGCCGUUAGUGGCUCCAAACAUCCCAACUUUUUUAAUACACCGCCAUGUUCAUAUAUAUUCCUUCUUAAAGUAACUUAAGACAUAUUAUAUGCAAUAUAAAACUGUGUACUUAGCCCCUAUUAAAAUCUAUCUGUUUAAAA